AUGGCUUCAUUCUUUCAGCCUGGGUUACAGGACCCAGUCCUAGAUGAAUGCGAAAGCUCAUCGCCCUAUCAGAUAUACUGCAAUAGUAUUCUGCCUUCGGCUUUGAGGUUUAGGAGCCUGUACCAACUAGUUAUUCUAGUUCUUGGGGCUACCUGCGUCAUCGUUCCUCUUGUUCUUUACUUGAUACACCGUCUCUAUGAGAGACGAUUCUUUUAUUUGCUGUCGAGGCGAGGAGCGUCUAAUACGAGCUCCAAGCCUCUGUCAAGUCCGAGUGCCAGGCAUCUUGUACCAUCUGCCAAGGGAGCGCGAUUCGCUAAGCAUUAUGGCUCUCAUGUCCCCCAGCUCACACCAAGCCUUCUCAAGCGACCAAGCACCCCCUCAUUCCGUUCCACAAAAUCAUUCUGUCUUAUUUCCGACUCUGAAACUUCAACGAUCCAAGAGCCAGUGCCAAGCUAUGAUCUCGUUAUCAUCCCUGUCACUAUGGGUGAUGGCCCUGGAAGUGCCGCUGCAGACUCAUACUCCAUCAACUCGCAUCGCUCAAUACUGAAUGAUAUACCGGCCAAGAUGACACUUGCACACAUCAAGAUGGAGGACUUUGGGCAUGAAGACUCUCAGCUUACCGAAUCAGCACAAUCCUUGGCACUACUCCAGACAUUGAACGAUUGGGCUGGAUUUGCACUGGAGUGUACCUCUACCGGAAGAACUGACCAGACGAACUAUCUACUGGCCUGUCUUGCAAGUCUCGAGGUGCCUGUCAUCCUUCAAUGCCACCACGACUGUGAAGCCAUCGACCAGCUCGACCUGUCUCUGGCCUCAGGCGUUAUUAUCGAGAACGCAUGUAUUCUUUCCAACGGUCAACGGCGCGACUACUUCAAGGCAAGAAGGCUCAGGGAUACCAUGUCUCGGUGCAGUGUGCAGCGCGACAAGCGACCGGAUUUCUUUGUCGGAUUUCUGGAUCGAUGGGUAACGCGACCUAAGCCAUCUGUCGUCCGACGUGCUGCCAAGGUAGCCCAGCACUUCGAUGCGGUCAUGGAGCACGGCUCUGCUAUGAAUCCCAAGGCAUAUCCUCUAGAGAGCGCGACAAAGACGAUGAGUGCUUUCGAGUAUCUACGACGAGCAGAAAUGAUUGAGGUGCAGAAGUGUUGGAUGUCUGGGGAGCGCAACAUCGAUGUUUCCAACCCUUCCGAGAAUCCCAACGUGUCAAAGCUCCCUUUGGACAUCCUGGGCUCCAUCAUUCCAGAAGCCCCAAAGCUUCUGGCUCAUUCUGAUGAGUCAUCAAACGCAGCGUCUACGAAGGAUAGUUGUCAGGCUCUCGAUAGUUUGCCAAAACCGUCACAUAGCACGCCGCGGAGAACCAAUGUUUGGGAUUACGGUAAUGGUAAUAUACAGCUUUCAUCUCGAGGCUGCUUCCCCCUUACUUGCGAGCCAACUGCGGAACACUUUGAUGCUGUGGUGCGGACCCAAGCUCAUCUGCAAACUCUCGACAUGCUGCAGGAUCUCGAGGGCGUCGACAAACAACGACUUCUCAAGUCGCUUCAACAUCUGAUGGAUCACGAGGGGCAACAUGAUUCUAUGAGAAGCAUGAUUCAGGAACUUGUCGACGGACUGCUCGCUCGAGAAAUCCAAGUAUUCAAGGGCCUCAAAACUGGCUUCCAGAUUCCUCGUGCGGAUGUCAGCUUUUGGGGUGUGUCAAAGGAUAAGCAAGUCGCACAGGGGCAUGUCACGGACAUAUACAUCUCUUUGUCGUCGCCUUGUGAUACCGCCGUGAUUUUGCAUACCUGGCUUGCGCAUAAGGGAGUUGGACGCGAAAAAAGGUUCGAGGAAGAACUGCAACUCGAGCGACAGAAUUCUGGUCAAGCUGGAGCCCGCGUCCCUACCACCAUCCGAGAAUCCAUCCAGGGAGCAACGUACGCCGAGCUUUUGUCUCUCACCCACAAAAUCGGAACCACUCAUACCAAGGAUACUAUACUCGGCGCAACGCAGUCACUGUGCCGUGCUAUGCUCAUCGAGGAAACUACACGUGCGGCUUGGAAAAGAAGCUCUGCAUUAGCUGCCCUUGAUGACUCGUUAAGUAUGAGGCAGCUAUUGGAACAGCGACUUGGGUACUUGGUAGAACAAGGCGCCAAGAGACUUCCUAGUCUUGACAACCUUUGUCAUCUAUAUACAUCGACACAAGUUCUUGCAGACGACGCAUUUCUUUCUGGCGACAAACGUGUGCUGAGACAGCUAACGCAAGUUCUUCAAUCGUGUCUCAAACCUCAGCAAGGAGAUUCCUGCAUGGACGUCAACGCGGAUCUAUUUUCACUCAUUGCCUUCACUGUCCUGCGUAGGGCGGCGUUUGAGGACGUGUACAUGGAAACCACAGAUCGAUGCCCACUCUUCCUCUCCCAACCAGAUCAAGCAGCUGUCUUCUCCGAACUCUGGAUUCUAGGAUCCCAGUGUGAGAUCUACUUCGACCUUUUCCCUCGCGAUAUCGGAAACAUCAUUUACAACCGCUACCGUCUUUUUCUUGCCGCUGAUCCUCCACCUGAAGACUACAGAAGAGGCAACGAGAUCAUGACCAUGUAUCCAACUUCGGACGAAGCACCACCAGACAGCAAAGACAGUGCUGAUCCUUUCAAGCUUACAACGCACGAGAGGAUGCAGCUCUGGAAGAAGAGAUUUGCGGAAGCAGGCGCUAUGUCGAUAUUCUGUCUCCCUGCAAUUGUCGACGUGACCAUGCUUACACUCCUUGGCCGCGGAUGCUUCAUGACGGCUUUUAUGGAUCCGGACCAUCUGGAAGUAGCUGGAUAUGCUCUUCUCGCGUCCAUGCUGCUGACGGCUGGUGUGACGGGCUGGGUUGGCAGCGUGGGCCAUUUUUACAUGGCUCACUAUGCCUACGACAACAUGAUCUACUUUCACGUGCAGAGACUAUCAGGUGGCUUUGUCAUAACACUGGCUAUAGCUAUAUGUGGGAUUAUUGGCUUCUCCAUACAAAGGUCUGUCAGCGCAGGUUUUGUAUUUGUCGCUUACGUCGUCUGUAUCGCCACUUACUUCAACGUUCUGGGCGUUAUGAGUACAAUGCAUCUACACGAAGCACCCUUGGCAUCUGGACGAAAGGUGAUACUGCAGACCUUGCCCAUCCUUCUGCUGUCUCCGCUCAUAUCGACGUUUGUCAAUGGCCAUGACUUGGAGAUUUAUCUACUUGUCAUGUACGCCUUCCUUGUAAUUCUUCUGUUACGUUACAGACGUCUUUGUCAGCAAUGGUCGGGCUGGAUGGAGAAUAUUCCCAAGUUCAUGGAGAAAGACGUCUUGGAAUGGUUCACGAUGAGAACUGUCGGAGAGUCAGGUCAAGAGUCUGAAAAGGCAACGGACAGCGACAUGGCACGGAUAGCAUUCACAGCAGCAGUCGCCGCGUGUACCCGACGAACCGACGAAGCAAAGUCGUCAGGCUUUAUGUCCGACACUUUGGUCCGUCGCGUGUCAGAGGGAAUGCCUUACAUAGAAUGGCUUCUCAAGAAAACGGCUGGCGGCAAAGCGCCUCCGACAAAGUUCACGACUGCAUGGUUCACCCAGCUGACUGAAGCCGUCAGUCAACAACAACAGCUGAGGCGCGGCCUCAAGGAGCACAGUUCAUUUAUCCUAUUUCGUCACGCACGACAUGACAUUGGUCAAAACCUUGGCCUUUUCCUCAUCGCACUGAUGGAUCGCUGGAUCAUGAUGGUCAUGAGCGCUCGACAGCCGUAUCCCAGCAUGUAUACCGACAGCCGCAGCAGGUACGGUAUCUGGCUCGCUAUUGUGUACUUCUGCCUCUCUGCCAUGAUCCUAGAUGCGACGCUACAGAAGUACUGGAGUCACCGUUAUGAAGUGUCCAAUGAGAAAAUGUCGGGACUAGCAGACGCUGAGCGCAUUGAAAGAGAGGCCGAACGCAGACGCCGAGACUCUCUUAUACAAGCAAUCACAGAUGUCUUUUCGAAACUUACUGUCGUCUUUGGUUGCACGACCAUUCUUCUCUGGCUUCUGGUGGAAAGCACCGAGACCAUGAUCAUCUACUUCAUGUACGUGUUUGGCUACUCGAGCGCUAUCCUGUUCCAAUUCAACCGCUGUUUUACUACAAACAUUGGGUCGCAUGUUACUGCAAUGAUGACCUCUGCGGCAGUGGGAUUUGCAGUUGGCUGUUUUUUACACGCUAUCCCAGCAACUGCAGGAUUCCUGUACACAGAUGUCUUGUCGCAGAAUCUGGCUGCUUUCUUGGCUGCUCUAGCAACAUCUUAUUUCGCGUGGAGAGACGAGACUAAGACUGAUGUCUUGGCGUCCCUGAAUGAUGAGGAUGAGGGACAGACCCUCAUUACACGGAGCAAGCUCAAUACUGAAGGUGCCGACGAAAUGGAAGUAACUGCAAAUGUUGUUUCUGACUUGGUUGUCAGUUCCACUAUCCAACAUGGCAAUGGGUCUGGUGUAUCUGACCAACUGGAGAAGCUUUUGCAGCUCACCUUACAGGAUCCCAGCCAUCACGCCAGCUCUGUCGAAUGGUCGGAUAGUCUCAUUCGCAGGGCGAUGAAUAUGUGGCAGACACAGCAAGCCGUCGUCACAAUAUCCACUAGCGAGUCCUUCUAUGACAAUGGCCUUGACAAAAUAUCUUCUCUCAGUUACACCAGGUCUGGAGUUUUGCACAUUGUCAUUGGCCAACUUGGUGGGACAGACAGCAUGCUUCCUGCCUGGCAGCCAAUUGUUGCUGCCAUAGCUUGCGAAGCAUUGCUGCACCACGUGGCCCGGUCGGAGAUGAAUUUGUCUCAAAUGCAAGCUGUGCAGUCUGAACAUUUUGCUCAUGGCACUGAGUCCCUGUGCAAGCGUUACCAGUUGGAGCUCGCGUCUCAAGACCAUCACAGCUCGCGACGUCUUCUGUUACAAACGGAAGUAAGGAUGAUGGAGCUUCUUUGUCUGGACGUUGAUGUCAAUUCCGGGUGGAGCGACCUUCCGCAGUUUGUCCGAGAAAUGAUCCUUGAUCGUGUUUGUGGGAGUAAGCACUCGGUGUCAGCUGCAGGUCGUCAAUGGGUCACCAAUCAAGGUAUUGACAUUCGGAACAUCGACUUUCACUUGAGGCUCGCACUUGACAUACACAAGCAAUGCGAGGACAUUUCCCGAAGACCUGUUGGAGCUUCAUCAGCGCACGAGAAGAGCCCUGCCUUUGCUGAGCUUAGGGUCACCGCUCCAGCAUCUCCCCAGAAGCAACAGUCCGUACGCGCUUCCCUCAAGUGGCUCAGCCUGGCUAGCUCUUCAAUCAUCAAGUGGAUCGCUAUAGUCACUGGAGGUGGUUCCAACAUUGAGAGGGAAUUAUCAUACCUCUUAGGUGAGACUCCUCUUAACAGCUUGUUACUAUGGAUUAUUCUGCUUUUGUGGAGGGCCUGUCGUUCCAUGGCGAAUCUUUGGAUUUACUGGUUCAUCAUUCAUAACAAACCUGCCCUCGUCAACAUCGCUCGUCUGGCUAAGAAGGGAGAGCGACGGAAGAUCAAACUCAACAGGGGCGCUGUCGUAGUUGAGCAACCACGAGAAACUUUGACUGGAUUCGCAUCUCACGGAGACGAAAGCUAUAUGACUCUCACGUUCCACAAAGGUCUACUCAAAGAGCGACCACAAGGACAAUCCCCUGCCUUCUUUGCAACCUAUGAUCAACAUAGUCGUCUACAGACUAGAGUCGAACAGGGACACUCGCGAACUGCAACCUACACUUAUGCCGAGCACACAAUGUCUCGCCAGCCUGUCAUCGUUGAGGCCACGAAGGAUGGUGUUCUCACCUUCGGAUACUACGACCAGUAUGGAAGGAUAAGCAGAGGAACGAUUUCAACUGGUUCUGAGAACAUUGGCUUCCAGUACCACUACCGUCUUCGACCCAAAGGCAACGCUGAUCUACUGCGGGCCGACUACACUCCGACGGGCUCUUCAAGUGGAAACUUAUUUUCCGUGUUCUGGGGCAAGCCGGUUGAUCCAGAGCGCUACGACUGGGUUCCGUCCAAGUUUGUCCAUCGUAUCGUUCAGCGCAUUGACGGCAAGGUGUACAUCACUGAGUACGACUACCAGCAUCGUCGCGACCCUGUAGUCGUUUCACACAUGCAGGGUGAUGACGGUAGCAAGACUGCGAUUGCCAAGCGACCGCAACUUUUCGAAGCAGAAGAACAACUUCUAGUCCGUCCCGAGAAUCUAUCUUUUGACUCAGAAGAUGUUCUACACCACUACAGCAUCACACAGGUGAAGCAGCUGCGUCGUAAGGCAAGCAACGCGCCAACGUGGUCGACCUACUUGAACCCCGUUUUCUGGCUCGCGCAGUGGAACCGACGUGUCUACAAGCGUGUACCGACGUGGCGUGUGCGCACCGAACUGUGGAACCAUUGGAAGAGCAACAACAGUCUUGACGCUUCCACGGCUUGCUGGGUUGAUGAAGUCAUCCUCAGAGAGGAACCGUCGCUCCGGAAGUAUUGGAAAGCUCGAGAUUCGGGGCGACUCGACAAAGCCCGCCAGGCACUUGAUGACAACAUCAACCAGAUAGUCUCGGCGAUUGACAUGCAGACGGACGUGGCCGAGGUCACUUUGCUAGCCAUCAAGACGGCGGAUCUCUACGCCAUGGGUCUCGGAAACGACGCAAACCCAAUCACUACCCAGCCACAAAACUGCUACAACGAUACCGACAGUCGGAUCUCGGUCAUCUUCAACGACAUCGGCUGUUGGCCUAUCUCGCCUGGUGGUGUGUCGAAUUGCCGACGUGACUUGGUCAACGGCCACAGCACCAUUAGGAACCACGUGCUGGCUGAGUGCGCAAACGACUUCGGUAUACCACGCUUCCAGGUUGAGAAGAAUGUCCAGUCUAUGAAGUUACUUCCUCUUUGGGGUCUUGAUGGUAAUACCGCCAAUCACGGCGUCAUUGACAACUUGCUCGAGUCACAAGUUGACGAGAAGAUUGCUGCAACCGAUAUCCAGGACGACGUGGUGGGGACUUUUGUGCCCCUUCUCACCGAGUUUGUCAAAGGUGCUAGGACAAAGCGAUACUCGCGAGCUGACCUCGUCAAGUACAGCAAUGUCAUACUAUCCAUGGGCAAGUUCUUCGAGACCAAGGACUAUAGCGCGACCUGGAAAUCCAGCCAGUUUCAGCGGGCUUGGAUGAAGGCUUGGUUGAUUCCUUACAACGAUCCCAACAUUGCCAGCGUUUCGGAAUGCUUUGAGAUGGAACGGCCAAGCAUGUCCGACUUCAGAGACGCUUUGGGCAUUUACAUGGCAUAUCUGUUUAUCUACGCUGUCCAAGUACCCGAAGACUGUCCUCGUGUGUUUCAGAGCACUCAUCAUGGCAUAAGUAGUCUGUACGGCAUGAUCUUGCAGUGUAAGCAGGACGUCACUUUCGGUAUCUGGGACCAUGCUAUCUAUUGGCGCGAGACGUGUCUGAAUAUCAGUCCAGCGCAGUGCGAGCUGCCACUCUCGGUGCAGUCUAUGUUACUUGCUGGUAUUAGCUUGGCAUCUCGUCUCGCCUACUUCCACGCAGAUGUCAUCAUGCCUUGUGCGUCUGUGUUCAAUCCUAUGUGGGAAAUCGAAAUGGGGACAGAUGGUGGCGCGAUCGGCAGUAGGAACAUGUUCAAGCGGAAGGUUGAUCCCAUCGUGAAUGGCAUCAGUAACAUGGAUCGCUUCACGCCGGCUGAAAAGGUUCGCACCGACAAACCUACCGUGGUGAUGCUGUCCAACGUGCAGUUCAUCAAAGGAGUCAAGAUCGCCAUUCAAGCAGCUGAUGUAAUCAUCAACCAGCUCGGCUUUGAAGAUUACCAGCUUGUUGUCUACGGUGCCAAGGACAGACAGCCUAGCUACUGCAUUGAGAUGGAGAAGCUCAUAGUUGAUUGUGGUCUGUCUGGUAAGGUUGUGUUGGCGGGCUUUGGUGAUCCGAAAGUUGUGCUACAGGAUGCAUGGCUGUUCAUGAACUCCUCCAUGUCUGAGGGCCUCCCACUUGCUAUUGGUGAGGCAGCAUUGGCUGGAGUUCCAAUCGUCGCGACGGAGGUGGGAGCGACGGCGUUGGUUCUUACAGAUCCCAAGAACCCUGACCAACAGUACGGAGAAGUCGUGCCACCGAAUGAUCCGAUGGCACUUGCACGCGCUCAGUUGAGCAUACUUGGUAUGGUUGGACCAUGGUCAAAAUUUACUGGAGAUGACCAUGAAAAGCCUCCUGUUCUACCCGAUGAGAUAUUACCAGAACAUGUGGAAUGGUUGACACGUCGGUUUUAUGAAAAGGCUGAUGAUAGGCGGAAACUGGGGCUGCUUUCGCGCGAGGUGGUGUUGCAGAGUUUCCACGGAAGUCGCUAUCUUAGGGAGCAUGAACAGAUGUAUUGGAUUCAGUGGUAUAUGUCUAAGAUGAGGAAGGAGGCCGCCUUAGAUGAUGGAUGUUUUAAGUUUGGGACACCGAAACCGUUACGCUAUGCUGAUUAUAGCACGAGUUAG